GGAUAUCAAACUCGAGACCUUGCCUUGUUUGCGAGGCAGGCGGCAGAACGACUGAGCUAGAUCCCUGGCCCUCUUUAAGAGGUUUUUGUCAGACCUACUUUAAAGUUUUUACCAUAUUUUUGGUCAGAGUUCACCCACCCUGUUCCAGCUGCUGAAUCUCAGAGGUGAAAGUUGAGGUGAGGCGUCUUCUGCAUCUACCCUGUUGUACUCAACUGAGCGGGAACUGUUUGGGUUCAGGGUGUUUUAGAGUCAUUGCUGGUGGCGAAAACAGAUAGGGUGCCAGGUGUGGUGGCUCACGCCUGUAAUCUCAGCAAUCGGGAGUCAGGCAGGAGGAUUUUUUAGUUCAAGGGCAGCCUUGGCUAGAUGACAAACUCAAGGCCAGCUUGAGCUACACACACUGAACAGUUACUUCAAAGCAGAGCAGAUGCGGGGGAGCUGGGGAUUCCGCUCAGUGGUGCCUCCGCCGGGUAAGGAAGUGGGUGGUGGUGUGUGGAAGGGUUUUUCCUGGCGCUCCCCUCUAAGCCAGGGUGUGUUCUAACAUUAACACAACUCUCCUCCCCUCUAAGCCAGGGUGUGUUCUAACAUUAACACAACUCUCCUCGUGAGCCAGGGUCUGCCCUCACACUCCCAUUCAGUUCUCUUCCCAAUACCUGGCUUAGACUAGGAGUGGUGUCGCACGCCUCCCAGCACUUGGGAGGCAGAGGCAGGAGGAUCACUGCAAAUUCGAAGCCAGCCUCAACUACAUAGCUCAAGGCCAGCCUGAACUGCGUAGUGAGACCUUGUCUGCCAAAAAAAAAAACCUGGCAUAGUCUGUUCCACGAUAGGAAUCAGUGUGAAGGCAUGGUUUCCCCUAAUUAGCCAAUGGAAUGGCUUGAUUUUAUAAAUUAUUUAAUAAAACAGACUGUUGAAGAAACAUACGAUUCAUUGAGUUAUAGUUGUCUUUUAGCAAGACAAGCACAUGAUACACUGUAUUUUCUGCACUGUCUUUACAGCGGGGUAUAGAGCAGUGGUGGUGACCAAUGGCACGCUUGCCUCAGUGGGCUGUUUCUGUUGGUGAAGACUGAAAGAUUCUCAGAGAAUAAGGCUUUCCUCCGGAAAUGGUGGGACUGUGCACAUUGCUUGACCCACAACCUCACAGAUACUCUCUGGGACCCUAACAGAAGCAGUCUGGAAAGACUGUGGCCCCUGCUCAUAGGUUUGCUUGUGUCACUGAUAGAAGGCCAGAGAACCAAGAGUCUCUUCAGGUCUCCAGGGCAACAGGCCAGGUGACCAAUCAACUCUUCUGUAGCAGGUCAUUUUUGGAGGCCUGAAUGUUGCUAUGGCUACAGAAACCUUGGUGACUGAACCAAACAAAGGAGUGCCUGCUUGAGAUUCUCAGGCUAUCAAGCAAGGCUGUAGACAUGUCUGCAGAAAAGAUGACAGAAGUAGAAGAGACUCUGCAGAGGGCGGUGAGACUUAAGAAGAUGGUUGACAGGUGGCAGAACUCGCGGACUCACUGCAUGUGGCAGACAACCCUGAGCCAGAGGCGAAACCCGUAUGCCAUCCUUCGGAUGCAGGGCACCAUGGAGCAGGAGCUGGCGCUGGCUGACAGACACCUGCUGCUGGUCCGCCGGGCCGCCCUGCACCAGCUCUUCGAGGAGGAGCACGAGCAGUACCGGCAGGAGCUACAGCGGAUGGGCAAAGCGUUCUACGUGGAGAGACUCUGACGGCCUCUGAAGCUGCUGUUCCAUCCUCAGCAGACCUGUCAGUCCAGCCCCGCUGAGUCCUGCCCCCUUGAACUACCCUCCCAGACCCACCGCGCUGGCCUCUUCACUCCAGCCAACCCCCUUGCCCUUUAGGAACAAUCCCCAGAAACUGAUGGAAACAAAAGCGCCGCCGCCGCCUUGUGGCCACACUGAGCGAUGCAGGCUGCUGUGGCGGGGGAAGGGAUGGGCGGUGCCACACGUUUAUUUUAUUUUAACAAUAAAGUUACCUCUUAUGUAAAGAUCAAACUCAAACCACAGUCAGCCCUUAGCCCUGAUUUGUUCCU